GAGGGCAGUUAGGAAAAUGGAAUUCCACCCAUCUGGCAACACUACAUUUGACGUUUGCAAUAAAAAGAUAUAAAACACUUACACACGGACGCUCCGCGAAUUAUUUGGAGUUUGGAGUGAAAAAGUGGGCUAGAGCCACAGAUAACCGACUACCUGUCAGCUGCGAUUGCAGCACAUCCGUGACAGACUCGCUGCGGUGAACACAUGGAGCACGCUUGAAAUUCCAAUAGGCGAGCGGAGCUGGUGCGCAAAAAGCAUAGGCCCCAUCGCAGGACAUGGCGACUCGUCAGGACGACGAGAUUGGAGGGGGCGGCUCUGAGUCGGCACCCUUUCGCGUCCUGCCCCACACUGACGACGUGGGCAACUACCUGGCCCACCAACAGCAGCAGCAGCAUCAGCAUCAAACCCAAAACUAUCUGAUCCACCAGCAGCAGCAUGGACAAGCACCUGUCCCACUGAUGUGGCCACCUCCGCCACCGCACCUAGCCGGCCCCAAUUUUGCGCCCCAUCUUCAGCAGCAGCAGCCACAACCGCACAUGUACAAUGAGUAUCUCUUCAAUCUGUCCUACUCCGGUCAGCCUGGCCAGCCAGAGACCUACUCCGUGCUGCCUGUGGGACCCGGAAACUUCCUUAAAGUGUACCACUGCCCGGACAACCAGGUCAGCGAAGCCGGCGCCCCGCUCUUCACGCAUAUCAACAUGGCCUCGAUUAAUCACCAUCAGCUGCAGCACCAACACCAGGCCGCUCCGCCGACACCUCCGCAGCCGACUCCACUGUAUGAACUGUUUGCCACGAAUCCUUUGACUUUACCGCAUGCACAGCAGCAAGACGCCCAGCAUCGACAGCCCCAACAGACGCAGACUCAGGCCCCAACAGUGCCCCAAGUCAAUCACUCGUCGAGCAGUGCUAACCUGCUCAUUAACAACCUGGUAAACAACUGGUCGCCCAAUUUGACUGGUGGAAGCUACAUUCAAUUUGAUGGCGAGGCCAACGAGAACGACGUCCACCAUGGCGAGCCUUCGGUAGCCCAACAUCCACAGGUUCCUAAUCAGAUCCUGCAGCAGCCUGAGCCACUGUCGCAAACCGUCAAUACACUGCCAGCGGCUUCCAAGCCAGCCAAGCCUCUGAAAAUGCCUUUGGCCACUGCCACCGUUUCACCAACUGCCAUCAACAAGUCGAGCGUCGCCGUGCCUGGCCAACCCGAGGGCAAGAAGCGAAUCGUGGCCGAGGUAAAGCCCAUGCCCAUGUCGUACUCCGAUGUGCUCAGCAAAGGCACAAAACCGAGUGGUGCAGGGGGAGAUAUGCGCGCAGACAACGGUGGGGACUACAGUACACAACCGCAGAGGCGUCCGGAGAAGGAGGAUGGAUAUGGAAAUCGCGAGAUGCGCACGUCAAAACGUUCACCGCUGCAUGAUGCCAAGGAGACGGGUUCGUUUGUGGCCGGUGUUGGUCAUGCGCAUGCCAGCCGAGGCAAGAAGCGAAGUCAAGUCAACCAGACCGCGCCGCUCAAGGUGCAACAGUCUCAGUCUCUGGCACAGCCAACUCUACAGCCGCAGACUAAAUCAAACAAACAGAAUAAUCCGGAAAAGAAGCGGCCACUGCAACCGAAGAACGUAAAUAGCAACGCCGCCAAAGUUUCGGAGCAAAAGACCACUCCGGCAUCGGUGCCCGCCAACAGCAGCUUGCAGAACCACGGCAAUGGUAUCAAUUUUACUCCGGCAACUAAUUCUAGCACUUCAUCACGCAAAUCAGGGAGUAACAAAAUCAACUCCAACGCGAGUCACUCGAAUCACACUGGCGCAAACACAAAUGCGGGAAGCAGCAGUAGCAGUAGCAGCGUAAAUUACUCCAGCAAUAACAAUGUUAGUUCCUCUUCGGCCAAGCGGUAUUCCUCCUCGAAUCUUAACCCGAAUAACAGUUCCGGCUACUCCUACUCAUCGAAGCGCAAUCGAAGCAAUGCCUACUCGUCGACAAACUCGCCCACCCAUGGGAAUAGCUUUUCCAGCAACCGCAACUACGAGUUGGCCAAACGUAUUCUGCACACCUGGUGGAUUUACACCCUGAAACUUUUAACGUGGCUGUUUUAUUUGGUGUACGAUAUCGUGGUUCUGGGCUUCAGCAUGGGGUACGAGCGGAUGACGUUGGCCUACGUGGCUGCAUUGGCUUAUGCGCGGCAGCUGCAAAAGGAACUGAAGCAGAACUCUGGCAAGCCAAGCAUAUGGUGGCGAAGUUAUUGGCGGCGAUUCGACGCUCGCUUUGCGAAGAACUCGCGCCUGGCCGUAUGGCGACGUUUCUACAAACGCAAGCCGCCAGAAACCACUUCCGAGCAAUUCAAAACUGGUCGUCUGCCACAAACGGGUGAAGAAGCAAUGUACUCUCUGCUUAAUUGCAAGGGAAAGGAUGCAUACAGCAUACUUGGGGUCCCGCCAGACAGCUCCCAGGAGCAGAUCCGUAAGCACUACAAAAAGAUUGCCGUGCUCGUGCAUCCCGAUAAAAACAAACAAGCCGGUGCUGAGGAGGCUUUUAAGGUGCUGCAGCGCGCCUUUGAGUUAAUCGGAGAACCGGAGAAUCGUCUCAUUUACGACCAAAGCAUUGCCGAGACUCUGCACACCGAGAAGGCGUGGACGGAGUUGCACGACCUGCUUUCCCAACUUCAAACCAAAAUGGCUGAGGCGGCCAAUACCAUUAGGUGCAGCACUUGUGCCCAGCGUCAUCCUCGCAAGCUUACCGAACGCCCUCACUAUGCGGCGCGUGAGUGCGCCUCCUGCAAAAUACGGCACUCCGCCAAAGAUGGUGACAUUUGGGCCGAGACGAGCAUGAUGGGCUUGCGGUGGAAAUACUUGGCGCUAAUGGACGGCAAGGUCUAUGACAUAACCGAGUGGGCCAACUGCCAAAAAGGAGCUCUGUCACAUUUGGAACCAAACUCGCACAUGGUGCAGUACCGCAUCGUGCGCGGUGCUCAGCAGCAGCAGCAGCAACAACAGCAGCAGCAGCAGCAGCAACAACAACACCACCACCAGCACCCGCAGCAGCCACAUCACGAUCGGGGUGCACAUCAUCCUGGUGGAGGAGUGAGCGGCGUUAGCGAGGCUACAUUGCAUGAGUUCUUGGACAACUUGUACAGCGGCCAGCAUCCGGGGGCGCACAACGCCUUUGCAGGAAAUGCUCGUCGGCGAACGCGACGUAACUAAGCGGUCCUCGCGGUCAUAGUCUUAAGUGUUUUAAAAUCUCUAAUAUACAGUUAUAAUCUAUCCAAUGUGUCGCCGUCGGCUGAUUGGCCUUUACUCACUUCCAAACAGCACCUGUCCAUCCACAUUUCCUACUCUAACCGCAAGGACCUACAAGCGCCCGAGGUCUAAUGUUGCUUAGUUCAAAAGCCAUAUCAACUCUCGAAGCUGGUUUGAUAACAUUUUGAUUUUGGAAAGGUCGCGACGAUUUUUUUGACUUGACACAUUGAAUUGUAAAAUUGCCUCCCACUUAGACUACAUCUAUGUUUUAAUAUUUUGUUUUCGCUCCCUCUUCGACGGCCAGCUUGUCACACGUAGUUCUUAGCAAAAGCUUUAGUUCUAAGUUCUAACUUUACUAUUUCCGUCAAUUUUUAAGCGAAUGCGACGGCACACGUGUAUAAUUUAACACAUUCAAAUUAAACCAACAAUAAUGUUAAUAAAAUAAUAAUUAACGCAA